GAGCCGCUCCACGUGGGAGCCUUACGCUGUGCUGGGUUUUUCUUGCCGGCAGCAUCGCGUACUGAGGUCUGGCAGAAGGUUGCCACGGCUUAUAUAAAUACUCCUAACUCAUAUAGACCUUGAGCGUCUUGACAUAAGGCAGCGUUUCUCAGCUGAUCUUGUUACUCUUACCUGGGAAGCUGCCUUCCUCGCCUCAUUGCAAGUUGAGUGGGUGUUCGUGUAGCAGCACAGGUGGCAGAAACACCUUGUGUGUGUAAGAAGAUGGUAUCAGAUGAUCAUAUGAAGCUGAUUUUAUUUUUAGUGAUUUAAUUAAAUCUGUGCAGUCUGUGUUUGGAUUUCUUGUUUGAAUUUACCUGAACUUCUCUCGAGCUAGAUUAAAUGACAGAUUUCCAUAUGCAGAUUUGUGCUACUUCAAGUACAUCUGUCUGUAAUCACACCUGCAGUCAGUGAGUUUCACGUAACUUUUCCCUAUCCUCAUGUCUGUGCAUCACCCUUUGCUGGGAGUGCAUAAACACGAGAUCUUUCGCGUAACUGUGAGCACAGACAGUAGAAUCAGGUGUUUGGGUUUUUUUUUUUCUUGUUCUGAAUGACAAGAGUUUCCAAAUAUAUUUCAUAUCCCACUCAAGUUAUCUAGCUUGAGCACAUACAUGGCUCCAGUGUCUGAAUUUGUGCCUGAGCCUGUGUUAGCACUGGAAAGUUGCAUUAUUCCUGGAAGAAAAUCAGCCAAUCUAUUUUUUCUCUUGCAAAAAGGUCUGUGACAGAAGGUGUAGGUGCAGCUUCAGUAAUGGAAUUGCUCUCCCUAGAGUUCCUUUUCAGUGUCUCGUGUUCACAGAGCAAACCUGCAGGUGGGAGCACUGCGUGUCUCUGUACUCAGCCAGGAACAGCACAGCCCAGUCCAGGCCUCAGCUCAGUUUGGAAAUCCAGAGGUGAUAGAGUGUGGUGUGGUGUGUGGGUGGUGGAUCAGACACGGUCGUGAGCUUUAUUUUUUCUCUCAUGAUGUGGAGCUGACCUCAGAAUCUGGCUGUAGCCUUUCUGUGCUUUGGUGUCAGGAACUGGAAUUACAGAUCAGGAGUUCAAUUGCUGAAAGGCUGUUUUCAAAGCUUUCCUUUUCCCAGAUGCUGGAGAGAAUUACACCUUCUGAGUGUACCUCGUUUUAAACCAUGAUGAGAAGCACCCCACAGUUACCUUCAUUCCGUUUUUUAGUUAUUUUAGGCAUGACUGAGGCUUGGAAUGCCACCACUGGUACAGAAGGAAGAAUGCUACAGCAUACAGACUUUCCUCAACAAGCAGCCUGCUUUCCCAUGGCUUUCAGCAUCACACUUUGUCUCAGGUCAUUGAGCUCAGUAGGCAAAGGAGUACAAAGGAAUUGGGCUCCACGUGUGUUUGACUUCUGAGCUCAUGCCACGUUAAAGAAAUAGUUGUUCUUUUUGUUUCUUUGCAAAUAGCCUCAGAUUCUGAGGCUGUGCCCUCAGUGCCAAGUCCCACUUGCUGGAGGAGCUGGGAGGGAUAAAUCACCAACCCCCCCUCAGCAGAAAUGUGGGCAGUGCUGGGGUGCAGCUGUCCUGGCUUUACUGAGCCGUGCAUCCCAACCCACUGCUGAGUGCCAGGCAGGCAAGUGCAAGGUGCUACUGGGGCGUAACAGGCAGGCAGGGUCAGGACAGCAAUUUAUGACAUGUCGCACUUGAAAGCAAGCAUGGGGAAAUCAUGGUGGAAUGAAAGCAGAGUUGAGGUCAGCAAAUAUUUUUGAAGGUCAAAAAAAAAAAACAAAAAAAAAAAACCAAACAGAAGUUGUCACGCAUGGUUGCUUUUGUCCUGCAUCUUUAGCUGUGCCUUUUGUUUGUUGGAACUUGGCCAAAGCAUGCUUUCCAUCUUUUCUGACCAUUAAAAAUAUACGGGUUGUGAGGAUGAGUAACAAACGAGGUCAGGGAGUUGGUUGGUCUCUGUAUGUGACUGCCACCUGUGGGGUCUGGCUUUAAGCUGUUUCUGGUUUCUCGCUUGCAGCUACCACAUAUUGGUUUGUUGUUGCAUUUUCAAGCAUGUCACAAAAUAAUGGCUAAGAAGAUGCUUUGAGGGGUAACUUUUAUAGCAUGAAGACUCCCAACAGGAGAGCUGGUGUAGCAUGCUGUCCUCCCUUGGUGGGAGGGAAGGCUGAACAACAGGUGUUUAUCUGAUGGAAAUGUCUGAGCAGCAGAAAUGUGGGGGAGGUUGUGUGGGGAGUCCCCUGUGAAGGUAUGGGAAGGGUGGGUUGUUGCAAACCAACAAUCGGAGAACUGCAAAUUCUUUUAAAAUUCCUUUUGUCUCGAGGAUGGAAGGGCAGGCAUAGCACAAACCUCAGCACCAGCCUCUGCCUCCUCUGCACAGCCAGGUGUACUUCAGGACAGUGUGUGAGUGCUUCCCUCUUGCCUUUGCUGAAGCUCCCAACCUAUGCUGGACUGGAUGGAGCAGGUCUGGCUGGGCGGCUCUUACAGCAAAGCCUCUGAAAUGUUGGCAUCCUCUCACAGCUGGGACAUGGCAAUCCUGGUUCUGAGAGGUAUGAGAGGUUUGCUCGGUGUCCCAGGGGCUAUGCUUGUUUAUUUGUGUUCUGGCAGUGUGCAGAAUUACAGUGAACUACAUCCUGCAAGAUCUGCAAAUAGUUCCCACCUAUGAAAUAAACAGAAGUCUCAAAUAUUUAAACUAAAACUCUGGAUUGCUACUUUAUUACCAAUAAGAGGCUUUAUUGACCUUACAGAGCCUGAGUCACACCUCUCCUCUGAUGGUGCUGACUCUAUGAAAUAAUAGCAAAGGACCAAGAACCUCAGUCCUUUGUUUACCCUGGGUGGGAUGAGUCAUUUAAUUAAAAAUGGAUAAAAGGGAGUAAAUUGCAUGUAAUGCAAAUUUCACCCGUGCAAUUCCUGGCUGGAGGGAGGUAGAUAGUGUGGGUGAUUAAUCACGAGACAGUUAGGUUGGGUUGGAUAGAAGUGCACAGGGGACAGAAGUGCUCAUGCAGCGUUCUUCAAAAGGAAAUUUGACAGAACUUUCUGUAAUAUUGUGGUCUCAUGCUUUUUCCAGAAGCCCAGGGGUAAAUGCAAACAAACAGAGUUCGUUUCUUAUGUGGUCAGUGGAGCACUUCCUCAAUUAUGUGUUCUCCGUGUGCAUGGAAUAGAGGACUUUACUAAUUCUUCUACCUGCCAUUGUAUUGUUGCUCUCAAUUGUCUAUUACCAGCUGCUCUUGUGGGGUUGGGCUAGAGACCUACUGCUCUGAUACAUUCCUGUGUUCCUUUUUCCCAGGGCACAUCUUGGGGCAUUUCUGAUCAGUGGAUAUCCUUUCCCGAAGCUGCCCAGAGGGAGGAGGAGGGAAAAGCUAUCAGCAGAGCAGCUGGAUUCUGUCAUUUCUGGAAAGUGAGGUAGAGACUGAAAGCUAGGGAAACCACGCAGGGCUGUGCUCUUGGUGAACUGAGCAGUAUUUUUAUUCCUGGGAUACGGAUGGGAGAAAGAAGCCAUCACUUGGGGCACGGCUGCCACCCUCCCACCUGCUCUGGGGUGGAGUGACAAAGUGUGUCAGGUACAACUUUUGCUGAGUGGAGACAGAUCAGUGUCAAAUGUGUGGGGAGUUGAACUCGAGUAAUUUUGCUUUUUGGAUAUAGCUGAGAAGAAAGCAGUCUGGUAUUGCCAGAAUUCAGCCUUGACUGUUUGAUGGUAACAGAUGCAUUUAUGUGUGUACUGCACAAAUGCCUGCUUUGUUUGGAGGCAGUCCUUAUCAGCUGUCACUCAGCUGAAGGCCGCUCAGCUGCUUGGGAUUUCGUUGGGUAGGAACAGCAGAGCUCUUCUGUCCUUUCAGUGGGACAGCUCAGACAAAAUAUCAUUGCAGGCAGUGCAACCGCAGCAUUUUUAGUAGAAAAGCUUUUCAGAAAGCAAUUGUAUUAAAUCUGUUCUCCUGGCUCACGACCACUCUGGGUCUGUGAAGGACAGGGCAGCUCAUAGCCAUAAGUGGUGCAAUGCAGAGCAAGAGGAAAAGGUGCACCUUGUAAGGGCUCUUGUGAUGCCUUGCAGCAGAGCGAUGCAGCAGCUAACCAAAAGCCAUCACCUUGUUUUGUGACGGGGAAAAAGGGAGAUGUGAGUUUUCAGCCCAUUCCUCCCAGAGGCCAUCCUGUAGUUUGCUUUUUUUUUUUAACCUCUCUGCUGGUGAAGGUCAGUCAGACGUCAUGGUGUUAUGCUUGUGUGCACCAUGAUGGCCGUCCUUGUUUUGGCUGUACAGUACCAAUGGCAAUGCCACUGUGUAUUCCAUGGUGCUGACACCAGAAGUAAGAUGAGGCGGAGAGUGGGGCUUAGCAUGAGACAGGGUUGAUGACUGCGUACAGGUAUAGCAGUUUUGGUGCUCAGUAUUUCUGCUCCUGUUCAGUACAGCAGAUAUUGGGAUCUGUGGUGUGACUGAGGCGCCAGAAUCACAUCCAUCAUCAUUAGUGCAAUGCCAUUCUUGGCUUUACCUGCCCUGCGAGAGCUGUCUUAACUAAUAAGGGCACUGGGAAGUGUUCACACAUUGUAAGGCAUAAGGAGGUUAUUUCCUUAUAUUGUAACAGGAUGUGUGAUAACAAGGUAUGGACAGAGGCAAGCAGCCUUUCCUGCUCACUGCUAUUUUCAUCAGGCUAUGAAUAGCUUGGUGAGAUCAGUGUUAUCUGUUCCGGGUUUUGUUGUGUCGUGGGCAGGGACGUUUUCAUAUCUUUAUUACACGGACCUAUGUGCAGCCCCAGCAAUGAGGUGGAUCUGCAUGAUCCCACGCUGACCCAGCUGAUGAAAUAAAGGUGUCAAAUGCUCCAUUAUCAGAAGAAGGUCCUGUCUGGCUGAUUGGCAGGUUAAAGUUCCUAAACCUUUCCUCUUCCUUUAAAUGCAAAGCAAUGUCUGGUCACUGCGAUCUACUUGGCUUGCAGCGAGCGAUGUUAAACUGGACACAUCCCAGCACUCAGUGCUUGGCAUGGGUACCUGGAGAGAUGCACUGAGAAACCAGAGUAGUUGUGUGGGCAGCUGAGCACCGGGCUGGUGGUGAAGAGCAGAGACAUCGUUUUGUUUGGUGCCGGAGCUCAGGGAAAUCUCCCAGAAAUAAAAUGGAGAUGCAGCAUAACAGAGGCAUCCCUCUCAGCUGCCCAAAAGGAGCUGUUUUGUGCCUGCCAAGCUAAGCAAGCAUUUAAUUUUCACCCAAUAAAACUGUUUGGAAGAGUGUUACCUAGAAAAACAAACAAAACUCCCCAGAAUGUUACCCUUCUCUGUAAUGAGAAGAAAAAUAACUUGAAGAUGGAGGAAUCAGUCACUCAGGUCUGUACCGUACCUUCCUUCAUACCUAGCUGUCGCUGCUGCAGAAGCCUCACCUGGGAGCGGUGGCACUGUUUGUUUUACAAAGCUCACAGGGCUGCACCUGGUGGAGCAGCUCCUGUGGCCUUGUGCAGCACUGCUGUGUGGGGAACCUGGCAGCUCGGGUCACGUGUGGGCAUAGCUGCCAAGGGAUGAGGAAACGAGCGUUGUCCAGGCUGCCUUCACUUGGUGUGCCGCAGCGCUGCUGUGCGCCCCGUGAGACGGUGCUGCGCUCUGCUGAAACAAGGGAUGCCUGAACUCCACGGAGGCAGACUCCUCUGCUGAAGGAGGCGCAUACCAGAGGUGCUGGGGGUGCGCUGAGCUUUCGUGCCUGUUGAGGCAGGCGGUGAGCUUGCUCCUCACUGUGCUUGCCUGUUUGAUUGACGCUGGCUUCCAAAUUGCUACGACCGUGCCUGAAGGAAAGCGAAGGAGCUUCAUUUUGCUGAGAGUAUUUUCCUGGCAGGGGAAGGCACGCAGAGCAGCAAAACGUGCCAGGGAAGAGCUGCCCACAGCCUGGAAGUGCUGGUCCAAAUGCUAACGCAACUUCCACUCAAGCCAUGCUGUUGUGAAUGAAGCCCUUUUGCUCCAGCCUUGUCUUGCUCAGCACACUGGGGGCUGCCCAUGGCAUUGCAGCAGGCUGAGCUGGAUUAAUUGCUGGUGUGUCAUUGCUCCAUCUGUCUGAACCGCUGAAGAACGUUGCAGGGAACAUGUUGGACUUGAGCUUCCUGACUGAGGAGGAGUAUGAGAAGCUGAUGAAGGUUCUGCAGAGAGAUGCAGAGCUGAAGAAGAAGGAUGGGGAUCGUAUCAGACGGAUACAAGGCUCCAUCAAGGAUGAAAAGAAGAAGAAGUUUGUGACAGGUGAAUGGUUUUCAGAAGUGAAGGCAAAACGGUUUCAAGAAGACUUAGAAGGUUCAGAUCUGCUUCGGGCAUCAAUCAGAAGGAAAAAGGGCAAACUAGAAAAUGAGGUCAACGAGGAGCACAUCGGGAGAAGUCUGGAAAGCAAAGAUGCCCCAGGUCCUCCCUUCCAUGAGCAUGCUGCUGGCACAGGAGAGGAGAGAUCCAGCACACCUGUUCUUGAUGCUGCAGAGGAGCAUAAAAUCUUGCCAAAACCAAAGCCGAGACUUUCUGCCAUGCUGUCUGCAUCACACAAGAGAUUCAGUAUACAUGAUGUUUCUUCCUCGGAGAGUGACACAGGAGCAAGUCCAUUUGCAGGUGCAACAGACAGCUUGCAUUUGUCUAGAAAAGGUAAUGGACUGUCUCCACCGCCUGCCAAGCUUUUAGACAGUGCUGUGCCACAGCCCAGCUGUGCAACUGGAGAAGCUGCUGAUGGGGCCACUGGCAUCACAGCAGGACCAAAAAAUGCACCCGAAGAAGCUUAUACUCCCAGCAGGAUACCUGUUAAGAGAAAACCAAGCAGAAAUGUGUCCAGAUCAGAGCAGUUUGUGAAUCAUCUGGGGUCAGCAGAGAACAACCUUGAAAAGAGAGAGUUACUGGUAAGCCCCAGAUUGCUGACUACAGAGGGGGAAAGCAGCCAGGCAGUGAAGCCAGGCGUGAACUACACAAUCUCAUCAAUGAGUAAUAAAGAGGAGGACAUUGGCCUUGAUCGUGAGCACUUCAAGAAUUUGAAGAACUUCUGGGAGAAGGGAGCAGACUCUGUGAUGAUGGGAAGUGUGCCAGAGUCCCCAGGCUCGCUGGAGGCAGAUGGCAGGCAGUUCAAGCUGUGCCGCUCGCUCUCCGUGCAGUCAGACCAUGGCCAGAACAGUGAAGAAAAACCUGGGGCCUUCACUAAAACAAGAACCCCUUACAAAAGGACAAUAACUUUAUCUUCCAGUGAGGAAGAACCAAGCUAUGUAGCUCCUGUGAGGAAGGGAUCCAUUUCCAUUGCUCCAAGAUCUACGUAUGCCAAGAGCAAAGGAGGCCUGGUCACAAGAAAUAAUUCUCUGGGCGAAAGCAAUGGGAAGCCAUCAGUGCCAGAGGAAGAGAAGGCAGCACAGCGCAGCUCCAAGAAAUCCAGAUUGCCUGUGCGAGUGCCUUCCAUCAAAAUCGAGUCUCCUACCAAGGAAGUAUCUGGCAGCAUGUUAGAGCCAGAGACUCCUACAGAGAAGUUUAUCGUGGCAGAGGAGCGCAAGCGCACAGUGAGCUCUUUGGCAAGCAGGGUGCAGACACUGAUUGAGCCUGCGCCUGCAGGUGGUGACAAAAAUGAUGAGAAAGCACAAAGAUGUGAUGUGGGCACUCGUGACAACAUGGAGGUAAAUGGAGAGCUACCUGAGGAAAAAACAUGCCAGUCUUCAGAACAGCCAACAGGCAGUGUGCUGGCCGGAGGGAGAGAAGUUGUUCGGAAGAUGGACUUGUCUGUUCACUCAGGGGAAGAUGGAGAUCAUUCUCCUGCUGCUCAAGCCGUGGCCCAAGCAAACAGCAUAAAUCUUGCAAAGAGCAUGGUGAACAUUUACACAACCACAGAGACGUACAGUAAACCUCUUUUGAUACCCCAUCAAUUUCUUGAACCUGAAAGAGUCAAAGAACUGAGCAGAUCCUCUCCUCUCCUGUUGUCUGAGACAGAAUCAGACACGGCUUCGGAAAUCAGCUUCCAGUUUAGCAAGCACAAAAAGACUCCUAGCAUUGGCAGCCACUCCUCCGACAUGGCAUCUGUCUCCUCGGUGAGUGGCAGUGUGCUCAGUGUGUACAGCGGUGAUUUUGGGAGUGUGGAUGCCCAGGGUACUGUGGAAUUUGCACUAGACUAUGAUGAGAAGAAUCGUGAGUUCCAGGUUCAUGUGUCCCAGUGCAAGGACCUGGCUGUUGUGGAUGAGAAGAAAGACAGAACUGACCCGUACGUUAAAACUUACCUGCUCCCAGACAAAGCUAGAAUGGGCAAGAGGAAAACCUCAGUGAAGAAAAGGACUGUGAAUCCUGUUUACAAUGAGGUGCUAAGGUAUAAGAUAGAGAAAAUGGUAUUGCUGAUCCAAAAAUUGAAUCUCUCUGUUUGGCACAAUGACCCACUGGGACGUAAUAGUUUCUUGGGAGAGAUCGAAUUAGACUUGGCCAGCUGGGACUGGAGCAACCGAAAACUCAACUGGUAUCCACUGAAGCCCCGGAGUCUUUCUGCUGUUAACGGUGUGGAUCAUCGAGGAGUGAUGAAUUUGUCUAUUAAGUAUGUCCCUCCAGGAAGCCUAGGUCCCAAGAAUCCUCCCUCUGGUGAAGUUCACAUUUGGGUCAAAGAUGUCAAGGACCUUCUGCAGUUGCGUCCUUCUGGAGUUGACUCCUUUGUGAAAUGCUAUGUGCUUCCAGACACGAGUAAGAAGAGCUACCAAAAGACCCGAGUGGUAAAAAGAGACACAAACCCUGUUUUCAAUCACACCAUUGUGUAUGAUGGCUUUCAUACAGAGGAUUUGAAGGAUGCUUGUGUUGAACUGACCGUGUGGGAUCAUGAAAAACUAACCAACCAUUUCCUUGGAGGAAUCAGGCUGGGCCUUGGGACAGGUUUGAGCUACGGCAUCCCUGUGGACUGGAUGGACUCAACACAAGAGGAGGUGGCCUUUUGGCAGGAGAUGAUGUCUGCUACCAAUGAAUGGAUUGAGGGGUUGCUGCCACUACGCUCGUUGGCAGGGAGGAAAAAACUGAAAUAACCAACUAUAUGUUCUAGAGCAGGGCUGAACGUGUUUGUUAGAUAUAAGAAGCUUCCUACCCCGAGGUGAUAGAGACCGUGGGGCUGGCAAUCGUAAGGUUAGUAAGGCAGUUCAUGGUCAGCACUUUGGAGAUGUUAAAUGUUAACUAUUUGUUCCCUGAUGGAGGACCUGGAAAGUGCCAAACUGAUGCUAUACUUGAUUUUGAACAAGAAGAAAUGUUACCUUUUUAUUUAAUGAGUGUAUUUGAAUCCAUUAAGCACUGGCAACAUCAGCAGGAAAGAGGAAAUCCAGAUAUUUAUUUAUUUUUUUACUCUUUCUUGUACUGUUGUUUGUUUUUUUUUAAUCCAUGCAGAGAUGUAGUUGUACUGAAGCUUCGCUAUGGUGUUACUCAUAUUUACCUGCAAGUGGUACACUUUGUACUUCAUGUAGAAUUGUUCCAAGUCACCAGGCAGCACAGUCUGAGAAUGAGAGCUUUGCAUUUGUCACUGGUGGCAACACAUCUGUACCAUGAAAGAAAUUGAGAUCCGGGGUGAAUCUAAAGAAAGAGAGGACUGUUUGAAGCAGAAAAUGAAGCAAUCCAAGGACAAUAACAACCAGGAAUUCAGUAUGUUAAAUCCUUUCUGCUUUAAUACAAAAGAGAAGAGAGAUGGUCCUGCAGCUAGUAGGAUUUUGUGAUCAAGAGCUGCUUUCCUAGCUUUCCCACAGGCUUCCUCAGUGACCUCAGGCAAGUUACUCUAUUAAAACACAGAUUCAGUGCAAUAUAAAUUGAAGUGCUUGCCUAACUGUAAAAUAACAUUACAUUGCUAAUGGACCUAAUAGCAUCUUUGAAAUGCCUUGCGUGCAAAACAUUUCAACAUAAAAUAAUGAUGUAGGGAACAGUCUCAUGUUAGCCUGGCAUGAUGGGUCAGGAAAAAUGGUCAGAACUGCAGUGGAACGCAGGAAAUCCUGGGAGAGGUAAGCAGGGAGUGAACAAAUGCCCAGGGAAGCUUGGCAGAGCUGAGACCUAGGGUGACCACCUGCCUCCAUGUGUCCUGCUCCCCUCCUUGUCUGCCUCUCUCCUGAUGCCUGUCAGGUAGUUGUUCAGAGCUGGAGCAACCUUCUUGCCAGUAAUUGCAAGAGCUUUGUGUCUGGCACACGUUAACAGUGGUAGAGUGAUGUUAUGAAUGCAUUUUGAAAUGUAGCUCUGUAAUUUGGACUUUGGAUGUACAUAUUGUGAUUAAAUAGAAUGUUUUUCUUUAGUCAUCAGCUGGUCUCCUUGUGCCUGUCUUUAGCAUGGUCUGAGUAAUGAAAUCGCAAGCAAAAGAAGUGUUAUAUUUUAUCAUGUCAGAAUGACCCUUUUUUUGCCCAAGGGUAAGUGAAAUGUUGUGGAGAAAUAUAUAUAUUUUUGUAGUUGUCCCACCUUAGAUUUUGGUUCUGUGAAUAUUUUGAUUUUCUUUAAUGUGCUGAUUUUAUUUUUUAACUCAAACAGCACUAAUAUGCAGCUGAGCAAAACUGGUUCUAAAUAAAUGAAAGAAAACUUUUAUGAUUAAAAUAACAAGAGUUUUUCAUGAAAUGAGGACAUCUGGAGAUAAUCAACAGCUGUCAUGGCAAACAACAAAGAUUAUGUUUUUGCAAUUGGAGGAAGAUAAUACUUGAAAAUGUAUCAGUUAUGGUACUGAAAGCACGAAGAGAAAGUCCAUAGGGCAGCAGAAUUAAUUAAUGACUAACCUAAUGAAGGACUUGAUCUAUAUAGCAUGUCAACCCAAAGGCACUUUAUAUGGGUUCUAGCCUGGCGUCACUUGUUCACCAACGUUUGCUCUUUUAGUACCUCCAUGGGAUAAAAUAGCAACGUGCAAAUAUUUAUGCAUACAUCUAAGAUAACUUCCACAAAGAGGCCUGCUUCUUGGUGGCUGGUUGCAAUGAGUUACCUGCAGGGCUGCUGCUCUCACCUCAAAUGUUUCCUUAUCCCACAGUGUUCCUCCCAGGGGGAUUUCUGCUGUACCUGCAGGUGUGGAUGGUGCUGCAGGAGCCUUCAGCCCAGGCAGCCCAGCUCUUCCUCCAGAGGGUUUGUCUGACUGCUUUCCAUGGCGAGCACAGAGCCAUCCCUCCUGUUCCUCCUCACGUCCAGAGCCUGGGACGAGCACUGCUGUUACACAACUAGAGCUGGAAGUGUUUGUUUGGUCUUUCAAUGGUCAAAUUAAUGUCUUUUUCACCAGUGGUGCCAAUAAGGGGGAUAAAGGGUGGCAGUGGCCCAGCUUCAUGCCGGAGUGGUGGCUGCUAUGGACUUGGCCCAGGAUUUUGUGAGCAGGCUGUUUCUGUAUUCAGACUUCUUUGAGGAUUUUUGUUAAUCUUUCAGUAGCUUGUUUAUUUAAAUUAAGCCCUGAUUAACUUAAGGAGCUUUCUUUGGCAUUUAAUGGUUUAUCAGAGUAAAAGAUUACGCUGCCAAACCACAUAUGCAUUUGCAACACAGCUGUAUGUGAGGCAGUAAAAUUUGCCAUGUCUUAUCUGUUUCACUUACUAUGCAGAAAGCACUUUAUCUGGGGGAAAAAACCCCACAAAACUAAAGCACUUUUAUUGUCAAUGACACAUGGAGGAGUGGAGGAGCUUGUGAGUAUAAGGUUAAUGCCUGUUUGCCUGUGGCUUACGAUGCUGACAUUUGUUGUCUGUGCCUGCUACAUAUGUAAACUCAGGGCCAUAGGCUUAUGAUAACGUGAGUUUAAUAGUAAUUGAUAAAAAAAAAAGUUGAAAUAUUUCUGACUGUAUUUACUAGCUCAUUGUAGAGCGGGUUAAGCAGAGUUCUAUAAAAAGAUAGAUGAAAGUAUAAGACUCAAUGCAUGUAGUAAAUGUGUUUUAAAACUCAUUGCUAUGACUACAAGCAGGCAAGUACCAGUGCUGCAUGUUCCAGCAGGAUCUGUGCCCAUGCAGCUCAUGGGGCUGAGUCCUGUGCUCACUGAUCCUUGCUGGGUGCAGAGGUAACCCCAGGGGCUGGGCAGGCUGAUGUGUUGCAGGGUGGUACCUUCAGGCACAACCUGCAUAAAAUAAAAGAAAAAUAUCAGUGUCUGCAAUUGAGCUGGGCAGCUACUUUCUAUGAAUGGUCUGCAUUUGAGAGUAAAUGUGCUUCUUUUGAGUUUAUGCCUUAUCUAUGUAACUUUUUCUUUGAAAUCUUGCAAGAAGAGAAGAGAAGGCAAGAUUCUGAAAAGCAUUUCUUCCUCUUCAUGCACAUCUAAUCUGUGGCCUGUAUGUAUUCAAAACUUUCAUGCCACAGGUAUCAAACUAUCAAAAAUAAUUUGGAAACUAACUAAAGAAAAAAAUAACUGCUGAAUCUUGAACAACAUCCAGCCAAUGAGUGUCUUAGAGGAGAUGGAAAACAAGUGGUUGAGUUAAUUAUCCAUUACUAAUAUUUGCUCAGCUCUAUCCUUCACAAAGACAGGGGAAAAAAAUGAAAUACUGUGAUGAUUCAGGGAGUAAAUUAUACUGCCUGAAUAAACCCAUGUAGUAACAUCUAUUUAAAUGAGAUUUACUGUAUUUUUGAAGGCUUGUCAAAUUGACUCAAAAAUUUAUCAAAUAGAAAACCCGAAUAAAGAAUCACACUUCCAUUCCUGGUAACUGAGAGUGUGUGUAUUCAGCACAAAGUCGGUUGGUUAGUAUGUAUUAUUUGGCCAUUUUGUACUUGUAUGGCUUCCAUAGAUUAAUAUUUUUUUUAUUCAGCUGCCUGUUUUCCACCCGUCGGGUGUCGUCAUGGUUGUCUGCUGUUAUUGUUCCAACAGAUGCCUGGGAGAAGUCCCUCGCUGUGUUGCCACAGAGGUUGUCAGAAGACAUUGGGAUUGCAAGGAUGCCGUAAGGUAUGUGUUACUGGAGCUGCUCACUCAGCAGCACUGCUCUGCACAAGAUAUUACUGAUGCGUAGAAAUCUCCCAGAAUAGAGAUCUCUUCCCAUGGGAUCAGCCUGGAGGAUCAGCCACUUGUCUCUAAGGAGUGUGCUCUAUGUAGAGGCAUCUUGUACCUGCAGCUCUGCCGUGAGGAACAGGGUAUCAUCGAGGGGCUGGCUGAAGUCCCUGGGGCCACGAGGGCGCUCUGAGUGUGGUUUGGUAUUGCAGGGCAGCUCUUGGUCUGCAGUGAGCAGGAGAGGGCACAUAUGUGAUGAGGGUCAAGCAAAAGUGGGUGGCUUAGGGGAGGCUUUUCCCACUUUUGGAGUGCUUAUCAGCUUCUCCCACCCUUCUGAAUGUGCCAGUGUUUGGAGGGUGCUGGAUCAGUUCAGAGCAGCACAAAACUGAGCGCCAGCCUCCAGGAGGGCUGUGGAGAGAACUCACUGUUAAUGGUUUUCUUCUGAGGGAGGCAUAAGCAUGGUGGAGAGCUGGAAACGUCUCACCCAGGAGGCCUGGAGGAUGUCGGCAACCCUACACCAAGCUCCCUUUUAUUUUACAUUAAUUUUCCAUUCAUUUGGGCUGAAAUUCCUCAUGUCUGAUAGCAAAAUGUGAAUGAAGCUAGGUGAAGCUGUCAGCAGGCAGCGGCAUCCUAGGAAGAGUGGGAGCAGAGGCCCAGCCUGCAAGGUUUGCUGGUCAUACCAGGUUGGUGCUGGAGUGUUCUGGGUUGCAGUCCUGCUGUGAACAGCCUGCUGGUGGCGGCUCAUUCAUUUCCUUGCAAACCACUUAAGCAGGUGUUUGCUUAAGCACAAAGAUGCUUGCAUUUUGCUUUGCAUUCUGUAACAUCUUAUUGUACUUGUCUUUGGGCUGUGCACCUAAGUCUGCUACAGCAGCCCUGCUUUGUUGGAUUGUCCUAGGAGGAAAGGAGGGAGACCUGAGGAUGACAGCAGUUCUGCUGCUUAGCUUCCAGAUUUUUUUCCAGGGCUGCAUUAAGGAUUAGGAAUUACUUGGUGCUCUGUAUUACAUGAAGCGCAAAACAUACAGUGCCAUGCAACCAGUCCCACUGCCUGCAGCCUGAAGACCCCCACAAUUAGCUUACAGCAAGAACUACAGUUUCUGAUAAAGGCUUGUGUUUAGAGGCAUAGAACAAAGUGAACAGAAGUAUAUUUUGUUUUUUCUUGCUCUGCAAACCUGCCUGUGCUGCGAUAGACUAUAAACAUGAGAUGCUACUGAUAGCAGCAGAAAACAGAUUUCAUGCAUCCAGCAACCUUUAAUGCCAUCCUUCUGGCUUGCAAACAGUCCAAAGCAGCUCUUGAGCUGCAAGCUCAAGUUCUGGGCUCAGAGGGGAAGCUUAGGAGCUGCUUUCUGGCAGUGUAAGUAGUUCAGACACCUACUCUGUAGGAAGAAAAAUCACAAUAACCUCUUCUCUCCUCCUCUCUCUCCCACUCACCAUUACUAAUUUAUCCUGAUUGUAAUGGCUUCUAUUUGCUCUAAGCAGAUCCUGUUCCCUUCCUAAGAAAACCUGAACAGCUACAGGGACAUAAUAUUCCCAGUGGAGGAUCUGUUCUUAGGUUCAGGCAGACUCGGGCAGACGUAAUGAUGGGAGCCCCCCUUUUCCAAUCAGCCAACCCACGGCCAUUUUAAUGUGAUUGUAAUCUGAGAUAAGACACCUGGUGCUGCAUCGGGAGAAACCCAUCCCAUGGUAUUGAGCUGUCUUUUAAUUUAUUGUCACAGGGAAACGUUUUGCAAAUAUUUUACGUCUCUGCAGGAACCCAGCCACCACUCUUUGCACAAGCUGGUGUGGCUGGAGGCCAUCCCAUGUGUGUGCUGUGUGGCACCAGAGCAGCCCUCCCACUUGCAGGGGUGCAGGAACAAGCUUAUCCUCUGUGUACUCCCACCCAUGGGGUUCAGAUUUUCAUUUCCCUGUCCAUUCCGGUUGUAGAACAAAUGCUAACACUGCCCUGGAGCACUGCUAGUGACCUCUCUGGUUACUUCUGAGUGAUGGUCUGUUUCAGCCUGUGCCUGCUCUGCUGCUUCUGAUGUGAUCCCAGUGUGACACCGGGGGACCUCUGCAAGGUGCCACCUUGUAGCCCCAGCCAGAACCCAGGGUGGGACAGAAGCUUCCCCACGUGUCUCCUGGUGGUCAGCCCUGCCUCUGCUUUCCCCAGGCUACUGCUGUUGGAGUUAGGGCUGUCACUUUGUCACAAAGUCCUAAAUCACACUCCCAGUGCUUGCUGUCAACAUGGCUGUCAGUUCCUAAGCACCACGUGGUACCCUUGGCUUUACACUCAUGUGCACUGCCCUGACUAACUGUGAGCAUCAUGUAAAUAAUAAACAUUAAAUCACUCAGUGCCUCCCCUCUGCCCUCAAUUUACAGAGGUGUGCAGCAGCCAGCAGGUCAGGAGGGCAACAUGUCACUGCCAAUAUGGCUCAAUAUCUCAGUGUCACACCUCCUAGGCAUGCCUAAUUUAACAAGGAUGCUUUUUAACAGAGAACUAGCUAAUCACGCUUGCUACCUGUGGUGGGCCAGCCCCCUUCUCAUCUCCCAUCACCCCAGUGUGUGGCCAUGACUCUUCUGGAAGCUCCCAGUCUGACCAGUUUGGUGGUACGCACUUCUAUGGUUCCCUUGGGCUGGUCGCUGCAUUGUGGCCAGGUGACACAACCCCGAGGGCUAGGGGACAUCUGGCUGUGGGUUUGGGCAUGUGUGAAAUGGGUGCCAGGAUGGGUGCCAGCAGGGCUGUACUGUGAGGGGUAGCACACAGUCAUUUUUGUAGUCCUGGAAACCAAAAGGACACUAAAAUUGUAUGGUGUAGUGGAAAUGCUGUCAUAGCCUGAAAUGGUGAUUGAGCACCUGGUGGGAAGGCAGGGCCAACCCGAGGGA